GCUCUCUCCAGAACCCGAACCCUUCAAAAACCCCUCCCUCUAUCUCCACUCAAACCCCUCCUCCUCUUUGGCUUCUCCUGCAGCGAACUUCUCUCUCUCUACCGGGUUUGAAGUGGUGCCAUGGAUGACAAUUUGUAUGAUGAGUUUGGGAACUACAUUGGUCCGGAAAUAGAGUCAGACCGAGAGAGCGAUGGUGAGGAAGAAGAUGAAGAACUUCCAGACAAGCCUCAUGAAGAUGAGGAGGAAUCUGAUGGUGAAGAGGCAGUUCAUGCUUCCAAUGGUUGGCUUACUGCCCCUAAUGAUGUUGAUAUGGAUAACCAAGUUGUCCUUGCUGAGGACAAGAAGUACUACCCAACCGCGGAGGAGGUUUAUGGUCCAGGUGUUGAAACGUUGGUUAACGAUGAAGAUGAGCAGCCUCUUGAGCAACCGAUAAUUAAGCCUGUUAGGAACAUCAAGUUUGAGGUUGGGGUUAAGGAUUCCUCAACUUAUGUUUCCAGCCAGUUUGUUGUUGGUCUUAUGUCAAAUCCCUCUUUGGUACGCAACGUUGCCCUCGUGGGCCAUCUACAACAUGGGAAGACAGUUUUUAUGGACAUGUUGGUUGAGCAAACACAUCAUACACCAACUUUUGAUAUAAAUAGCGAGAAGCAUAUUAGGUACACAGAUACAAGGAUUGAUGAGCAAGAAAGAAGGAUAUCUAUCAAGGCAGUUCCAAUGUCACUUGUCCUUGAGGAUAGCAAUUCAAAGUCGUACCUCUGUAACAUCAUGGACACCCCUGGUCAUGUGAACUUCUCUGAUGAAAUGACUGCUGCCCUCAGGCUUGCUGAUGGUGCAGUGUUGGUUGUGGAUGCUGCUGAAGGAGUGAUGGUAAACACAGAGAGGGCCAUACGCCACGCAAUUCAGGAACAGCUGCCUAUUGUUGUUGUGAUCAAUAAGGUUGACAGGCUCAUAACAGAGCUCAAAUUGCCCCCAAAGGAUGCUUAUCACAAGCUAAGGCAUACCAUAGAAGUCAUUAACAACCAUAUAUCUGCUGUCUCUUCAACUGCUGGAAAUGUUCAAGUGAUAGAUCCAGCUGCUGGAAAUGUUUGUUUUGCUGGUGCAACCGCAGGAUGGUCCUUCACUUUGCAUUCCUUUGCCAGAUUGUAUCUCAAACUCCAUGGUAUCCCAUUUGAUGCUGAUAAGUUUGCAUCUCGUCUCUGGGGGGAUAUGUACUAUAAUCCUGAGGACAGGACUUUCAAGAAGAAACCUCCUGCUAGUGGAGCAGAAAGAUCGUUUGUCCAAUUUGUGCUGGAACCUCUCUACAAAAUAUACAGCCAAGUGAUUGGAGAACAUAAAAAAAGCGUUGAGGCUACUCUUGCUGAGUUUGGUGUUACUCUUCCUAAUUCAGCUUAUAAAUUAAAUGUCAGGCCUUUGCUAAGACUGGCUUGCAGUCAAGUUUUUGGCUCAGCCUCAGGUUUCACUGACAUGCUUGUUAAGCAUAUACCUUCGGCUAAGGCUGCUGCUGCCAGGAAGGUUGAUCAUACAUAUACUGGGCCCAAAGAUUCAAUGAUCUACCAGGCCAUGCUAGAAUGUGAUCCUGAUGGCCCCUCAAUGGUUAAUGUGACGAAAUUGUAUCCGAAGUCAGAUUGCAGUUCAUUUGAUGCUUUUGGUAGGGUUUAUAGUGGUAAAAUUAUGACAGGGCAGUCUGUAAAAGUUUUGGGAGAAGGCUAUUCACCAGAGGACGAGGAGGACAUGACAGUAAAAGAAGUGACAAAACUAUGGGUAUAUCAAGCUCGGUAUAGGUUACCCAUAAGUAUGGCUCCUCCUGGUUCAUGGGUUCUCAUUGAAGGUGUGGAUGCUUCAAUUAUGAAAACUGCAACUCUCUGUAAUGUGAAUUAUAAUGAAGAAGAUGUAUACAUAUUUCGACCUCUUCAGUUCAAUACUCUUCCAGUAGUGAAAACUGCUACCGAACCUCUAAAUCCAAGUGAGUUGCCCAAAAUGGUGGAGGGUCUUAGGAAGAUCAGUAAAAGCUAUCCUCUGGCCAUAACUAAAGUUGAGGAGUCUGGGGAGCACACUAUACUUGGUACCGGAGAGUUGUACUUAGAUUCUAUUAUGAAGGACCUUAGGGAGCUAUAUUCUGAAGUGGAAGUCAAGGUAGCUGAUCCCGUUGUCUCAUUCUGUGAAACUGUGGUGGAGUCCUCAUCAAUGAAAUGCUUUGCUGAAACACCCAACAAGAAGAAUAAAAUAACCAUGAUUGCUGAGCCAUUGGAGAAAGGGCUCGCAGAAGAUAUUGAAAAUGGUGUUGUAAGCAUUGACUGGAAUCGGAAAGCUCUAGGUGACUUCUUCAAGACAAAAUAUGAUUGGGAUUUGCUUGCAGCACGAUCCAUAUGGGCUUUUGGCCCUGAUAAGCAGGGACCUAAUAUUUUGCUAGAUGACACACUUCCAACUGAAGUGGACAAGGGAUUACUAGGUGCCGUGAAGGAUUCUAUUGUUCAAGGGUUUCAGUGGGGUGCACGAGAAGGACCACUUUGUGAUGAACCAAUCAGAAAUGUUAAGUUCAAGAUAGUUGAUGCUAGGAUUGCGCCUGAACCACUUCAUCGUGGAUCUGGUCAAAUAAUUCCAACAGCUCGGCGUGUGGCCUACUCAGCUUUCCUUAUGGCAACCCCAAGGCUCAUGGAACCCGUAUAUUAUGUGGAGAUACAAACACCAAUUGACUGUCUCACUGCAAUCUAUACGGUGUUAUCUCGCAGACGUGGGCAUGUUACAGCAGAUGUUCCUCAGCCUGGGACUCCAGCUUAUAUUGUUAAGGCAUUUUUACCUGUCAUAGAAUCAUUUGGUUUUGAAACGGACUUGAGGUACCAUACCCAAGGUCAAGCAUUUAGCCUCUCGGUGUUUGAUCAUUGGGCUAUAGUCCCUGGAGAUCCCCUUGAUAAGAGCAUUGUUCUGAGGCCACUUGAGCCUGCCCCAAUCCAGCACCUUGCCCGUGAAUUUAUGGUGAAGACAAGGCGUCGCAAGGGAAUGAGUGAAGAUGUGAGCAUUAACAAGUUCUUCGAUGAGGCUAUGGUGGUUGAGCUGGCUCAGCAAGCAGCUGAUAUUCAUCAACAAAUGAUGUGAUACUUCCAAUGUUGGUGCUUAUUUAGCCAUGGGCCAUAGGAAGCACUUCUUGCGGGCAGUUUUUAUCUGUCUUUACAUGUGUUGAAACCUGGAUAGCAGAUAAUAGUGCAGACUGAUAUCCCUAGCAGUUGGGGCUGAACACCGCUUACAAAAAGAAAGGAUGUCCAUCGAGUAAAUUCAAAAUUUUGAAUGUUUGAUGUAAUAUUGUAUAAUAUUUACUGCUAGUGGCAUGAAAAACUCUCCUUGUGAGCCCAGGGAGGUGGCAAUGCAAGCAAGGUUGGAUUAUUUGUUCGAA